CACACAGCCUUGUGUGUGUGACAGAGAGGGCAGUACCUUACAUCUGCGAAGCCCACAUAGUGCAACAGAUGAUUAAACUAGAACAGCUGAUCGCCUCCUGUGGUUUGUUUCUUGAUUACAGCAACAAUGACUGUUGAAGUGUAAGUCAGAUGGGUGUGGACAGCCUCUUUUAGAUUAUGAACCUCAUUAAUUAAAAAUAACAAUUGAUGAAUAAUGGCAGCUGAUAUAUUUAAAAGCAUCAAAAAAGAAGAAUUUUCAAAGGUGCUCAGUGUGCUUGAGCAAGACUGGCCUAAACAUUUCCUUUUACAUCAGAUAAUAACGACGUUUAGGGAAUACAAGGAAGCUGGUUCAACAUGGGAGCAAUACCUUUACGUUUAUGGAACCGUUGAAUCAGGGGUAUAUUUAAACAUUAUAUCGUCAAAGACGUACAGUCGAAUGAAUGUCUAUACUGCAAGUUCUGACUUGACAGAAAUGAAGAAAGCUUUAAUGGAAACACAUAUAAUUCCUUGGGGUCAAGAAAACUUUCUUUUUGAAAUUAUAGACAGUAGAUUUCUCAGUGUGAUGCAAGAAGUAUUUGCAACAAAGCAUGGGAAGUUUGAAGUCUCUAGCAACAAUAUGUUUUUUUACCCUUCCGACAAAGAAUUACAUAUUCAACCACUUCCAGAAGAUGUUUACAUUGAAAAGUUGGAUGAAUCAUAUGCAGCUGAAAUGGACAAAAAUUGGCCUCACAGGACACCAGGCUCAGAACUGGUUCACCAGCACAACCUGCGGUAUAACUUCGGAUUGGGUAUUUUCAGAAGAAGUGAUAAGAAACUGUUAAGUUCAUCAUUAAGUAACCACACGGGAGGUGUGUUUGUGUUGUACACUGACCAGGAGUGUCGAGGGAAAGGGUACGCUGCGAUUGUGGUACAACACAUGGUGCAAGAGUGCAGGAGGCGUGGCAGGAUACCCUUCUGCACAGUCAUCAUCGGCAACAAGCCUUCUGAGCGUCUAUUCACAAAACUAGGCUUUGAGCGGUUUACUUUAGCCGAUUAUAUUAUUCCACUAAACAAUGGACAGUAAUACCAAUAUAGAUUAUUGUAAGACCUGAAUUAAGUGUGGAAAUUAGUUGAACAUUACGUGUUUUGAGGUAGAUUACCCCAGUCUUUAAAGUGGUAUAAACCAAAAUGUAUAGUAAAGUGUAAUUAAUGCUGCAAUUUUAAACUGAAGGCAUGAUGUUUGAAAACAAAUAAUUUAUGGCCAGAAAACCACCACUUUUAAAAGAAUCCUUGGAGUGUCUCCAUUCUUGGAGGUCCUUGUCAGUUGUGACAUGCAGGGUAGUGCAUAUGUCAGUUUCCCUAUAAAUUGGGAUAUUUUGUGUCAAUAGGUUGGUAGCAAUGUUAAGUUGGCAGCAACACAAAGUAAGUUUAUUCUUGUCUGUUUCAGUAGCUAGUGUAAAGUGUCACUCUUUGCAUCCGUUAUUUGUUUGUGUUUUUAAAAUUCUUAUAACCCAACGAGUUUACAUGCUUCAGUUGUGGUAGAAGCAUAAUAAAAAUACUGCUAUAAUAAUUGAAGAAUUUAGUGGUAAAUAUCCAGGUGUUGUGAUACCCACUCGACAGAAUAUGCAGGAGUUAAAUAAGAAAUUUCAAAAGACAGGAAGCGUUUUAAAUGCCCCAACGUGUGGUUGUCCACGAUCAGUUUGCAACGAAAAAAACCAGCUGACAAUUGCUCAAGCUUUUGUAGCCAAUCCCAGUAAAGCAAUUAAAAUUUAUGCUGUACCGUCCAUCUUUAUUCCAAGGGCUUCACAAGGAUGAUUCCGAUUGGCGAUUGGAAUUCUGUGAGACAAUAAUUAUCUGCUCAGAAGCUGAUCCAAAUUUUUUGCGAUAGAUUUUGUAGUAUGAUGAGGCAUGUUUAAAACUAAAUGGAUGUGCUAAUUGGCAUAACUGCAUGUACUGGAUGGAUAUAAAUCCUCAUAACGUAAUCCAAGCAGAACUCAAUAUGCCUGGUGUUAUGGUAUGGGGAGGUAUUUCGAGUACUGCACUGAUUGGUCCUUAUUUUCUUCAAGGAAAUGUUAACUCAGAA